UGUGGUUGAGCUGUUGUGUGUUUGUGUCUUUGUAUUCAAGCAGUAAAAUGGCAGAAGCCAGAGUUUUUCAGGAUAAUUUCUUGUGUCCAGUGUGUCAGGAUCUCCUGAAGGAUCCAGUGACCAUCCAGUGUGGACACAGUUACUGUAAGAGCUGUAUUACAGGCUGCUGGGAUCAGGAGGAUCAGAUGAGAGUCUACAGCUGCCCUCAGUGCAGACAGACCUUCAGUCCAAGACCUGCUUUAGCUAGAAACACCAUGCUGGCUGAAGUGGUGGAGAAACUAAACAAGAGGAAACGUUCUGCUGACUGUGAUGCUGGAGCUGGAGAUGUCCAGUGUGACGUCUGUACUGGAAGAAAAUACAAAGCCAUCAAGUCCUGUCUGGUGUGUCUGAACUCUUACUGUCAGAAUCACCUCGAACAACAUGAGAGUUGGUUUAAAGGAAAGAGACACAAUUUGACUGAUGCCACUGGACGACUGCAGGAGAUGAUCUGCCAGAAACACGAGAAGCUCCUUGAGGUUUUCUGUCGCACUGACCAGAAAUGUAUAUGUGUGCUGUGUACGAUGGAUGAACAUAAAAACCACGACACUGUCUCAGCUGCAGCACAGAGGACAGAGAAACAGAAGCAGCUGAUGGAGACGCAGAAGACGUUCCAGCAGAGAAUCCAGCAGAGAGAGAAAGAUCUCCAGCAGCUGAGAGAGGCUGUGGAGUCUCAGAAGCGCUCUGCACAGACAGCAGUGGAGGACAGUGAGAGGAUCUUUACUGAGCUCAUGCGCUCCAUUGAGAGAAGCCGCUCUGAGCUGAUACAGCUGAUCAGAGAUCAGGAAAAGCACGCAGAGAGUCGAGCUGAAGGACGACUGGAGCGACUGGAGCAGGAGAUCAAUGAUCUGAGGAGGAGAGACGCUGAGCUGGAGCAGCUUUCACACACACAGGAUCACAUCCAGUUCCUGCAGAUUUUCCAGUCUCUCUCAGCACCUCCUGAAACUACAGAAGUAAGUGACGAUCUCUUCAUUUCUGAUGAUCUGAGAGAAUCUGUCCAUCAGCUGAGAGACAAACUGGACGAUUUCUUCAAAGAGGAGCUCAAGAAGAUCUCAGACAGAGUCACACUCACCAACAGUGUUCCCAGGACCAGGAAGGACUUCCUACGAUAUUCCCAUCAGCUCACUCUGGAUCUGAACACAGCACAUAAACGCCUCCGUCUGUCUGAGAACAACAGAGUGAUUACUGGCACUUUCACAGCUCAGUCGUAUCUUGAUCAUCCAGACAGAUUUGAUUAUUGGCGUCAGGUGUUGUGUAGAGAGAGUGUGUGUGGACGCUGUUACUGGGAGCUGGAGUGCAGUGGAGAUAGAGGUGUGCGUGUAUCAGUAUCAUAUAAGAGCAUCAGCAGGAAGGGAGUGGGUAAUGAGUGUAUGUUUGGACAUAAUGAUCAGUCCUGGAGUUUAUGCUGCCCUUCCUCCAGAUACGUAUUCUGGCACAAUAAGAUACAGACUGUUCUCCCUGUGAAGUCCAUCAUCAGGAGAAUAGGAGUGUUUGUGGAUCACAGUGCAGGAACUCUGUCCUUCUACAGCGUCUCUGACACAAUGAACCUCAUCCACACAGUCCAGACCACAUUCACUCAGCCGCUCUAUCCUGGGUUUGGAUUUGGAACCGGAUCAUCUUUGAAACUGAGAAAUAUUGUUGAUGAAUCAGAAUAGAUAGAUGAGAGAUUCUACAUAUAAUGCUUAGAGCUGCAUGAUGAAUCAGUAACAAUGAGAUGUUAUAGAGUCUUUUCUUUUCUCUUCAUGACAUUAAUGCUGCAGCUAAACUUCUAUCAGUGAAAUAACAUGUCAGAAUAUAUGUGUGUAAUCCUCAUAUGUGACCCUGGACCACAAAACCAGUCAUAAGGGUCAAUUUUUCGAAAUUGAGAUGUAUACAUCAUCUGAAAGUCAAACCAAUAAGCUUUCCAUUGAUUUAUGGUUUGUUAAGAUCGGACAAUAUUUGGCUGAAAUACAACAUUUUGAAAAACUGGAAUCUGAGGGUCCAAAAAAAAAAUACAAAUAUUGAAAAGAUCGCCUUUAAAGUUGUCCAAAUUAAGUUCUUAGCAAUGCAUAUUACGGUAACACUUUAUAAUAACUGCAGGCUAUGAAUCAUUAGGUAAGCAUUAGUAAAUAGUCAGUUCAUCCUUUAUAAAGCAUUGUCCCAACAUUAAUAGUCAUUAGUAAGCAGUUUAUAAAUACAGCUAUAAAUACCUUGUUCUUGAUUUAUAAGCAUAUCUAUUACAAAGGAGAUUUAAAGGCUCAGUUAUCUUCCUAACAGAAAAAAUAAACA